UUACCUGGAUUUAUUCGAUUGAGCAAGCGCGGUGCGAUGACUUCCGGUGGUGUCCCCUUGGAGGGGGGAUAUGGGUGGGUGGUCGUGUCCGUCCUAUUUCUCCAGUAUGUUAUCAUGGCGGGGAUUCAAGGAUCAGUCGGAAUCAUCCACACGGAGCUGGUCAGCGAGACCUCCUAUACCCUGUCUGUGAUUGGUUGGAUUGGUUCUCUAAUGAUUGGACUGUGUACCAUGUCCUCACCAUUUAUAUCAAUCUUGACGAAAUUUAUACCAUGUCGGAUUCUUGCCAUCACCGGAAGUUUACUAAUGAGCCUGGGAUUCCUCUGCGCAGCCUUCACUUCGUCAGUUCCGGUGCUCUUCUUGUGUCUAGGAAUACUUCCUGGUAUCGGUAUGAAUCUAAUCUCCUUCUCUUCCAUCAUGAUAUUGAGGGGAUACUUCCUGAAGAUGCUUCCCCUGGCGUACGGCAUGUGUCUGGCGGGGGUGGGGGUAGGCAUGGUCAGUGUCCCGCCAUUCUAUGUCUAUCUACACGUGACCUUUGGACUCCAGGGUAGCUUCCUCAUCGUAUCCGCCAUCUGUAUGAACAGUGUGGUCUUCUCUGGACUGACUAUACCAACAAGGACUCAAUCUCAGAAAAAAUCCAUGGAAAAAGGCCUCUCCCUAGGGGACCUGUUUGACUUUAGUUUGUUCAAAUCGUACACCUUCGUCAUGUUUGUGACAGGUCAUCUUAUCUUUAACAUCGCUUACGCAGUGCCCUUCACGUAUCUGCCAAUCAAGGGCGAGGAGACGGGGUUCUCGGAGCAGUCGUCCGCAUUAUUUAUAACAGUUCUCGGAGCCGGAAGUUCGGUUGGUAGGAUAUUAUUUGGAUGGAUGUCGGGGAAGUUUCCGUUGAUUCGUAAGAAAGCUUUCCUUGUCGUCAUGGUGUUAUCGACUUUGUCCCUACUUCCGGUGUCCUUCACCAGCUCCUACUCGCUAAUCAUGGUGUGCUCGACAAUAUUUGGAUCAUGCGCAGGAAUCAUACACACGGAAAUUCCAAGCUUCCUGAUUGGGCUGAUCGGGAUCGACAACCUCCCUAACGGCCUGUCGGUGGCCUACCUACAGCAGGGCAUCGGGUCGCUGGUGGGAAUCCCUAUUGCAGAGGCGGUCUGUCGGAGGGUGGGUGAUAACGCCGCCUUCGUCUUCACUACCGUGGUGUGCGCCCUGGUCCUGGUUCUCUUCACCCUCUCCCUGUAUCUACCGGAAAGGAAACCACAGACACCCAAAGUACCGCACAUACUCCCAGAAGUCCCCAAACCGGAAGUAUUUGUCGUGACCAUGGCGGAAACUGGACCGACGGCCGCUUAGGUUCAUGUUCUAUCGAACACUCUGUGUGUGCAUUUGGAAAGUUAUACACAAUUUGUGUUGUGUGUUAUUUCAUGCAAUGGCAUUGUUAUAUUUUUGGGUUUGCCUUAAACGAUUCGUGGCAUUGUAAGACUCACUUAUUAGGAGGGAUUGACAUGAUAUAAAAUGUUAAAUCUACAUUGUAAACUUAAUGCUUUGAAGGUUUUCCAAUAGGAAUUCAAGUGUCAAGUUUGAGUAAUUAAAAGACGAUAACACAAUAUG